AUGAAUCAACUUUCGAGUUUGUUGAGCAUUUGCAAAGUCAAAUCUGAAUAUUUGUGGCUUUCUCCGGCGGCCGAGGCCCCCCACAUUGAACAAGAAAAGAACCCGCAGGGAUCCGGGGUCAUUUUUUUUCCUUUUUGCGCCUUUCUGCGCGAAAUAGUUUCAAAAAUGACAGUUUAUUCCAGAGAAAGCGAGCUUUCCGGCGGAAGGCGGCGGCCUGCACGCCACAUGGUGCUGGUCUUCGACUUCGGCUCUCAGGUGUCGCGGCUGAUCAUCCGGCGCCUGCGCGCCGUUGGGGUGUACGCGGAGCUCCUGUCGUGCACAGCAACUCUGGAGGAAGUGGCUGCAGCGCGUCCCGCUGCAGUGGUCCUGAGCGGGGGCCCCUCCUCCGUGUACGAAGAGGGGGCCCCCCACCUGCGGCGGGAAGUGUGGCAGCUGCUGCAGCAGCAGCAAAUUCCCAUUCUGGGCAUUUGCUACGGCAUGCAAGAAAUAGUGCAGCAGCUGGGGGGCUCUGUGGCUGGCGAGGGGCCCCGGGAGUACGGCAAGACAGAAAUAACACUGAGUCCUUUGCCUGCGGAGCCCGUGCUGGACGCUGCUGCUGCUGCUGCUGCUGCGGAGGCCGCAGCAGCAGCAGCAGACGCAGCAGCAGCAGCAGCAGCGGACCACUGGUCAGUCCCCGCGGCCCACGGCCCCACACCUUUUCUUGCAGACCUUUUCUAUGGAAUUGAGGGGCCCCAAGUGACAGUCUGGAUGAGCCACGGAGACACAGUGCAGAGUUUGCCUCCUGGCUUCACAACGUUGGCGUCAACAGCAAACUGCCCCAUUGUUGCUGCUGCAGCUCCCGCAAGGGGUCUGUACACCCUGCAGUUCCACCCCGAAGUGACGCACACCUCCUGUGGGGCGCAGCUGCUGCGCAACUUUGCGCAGCGCGUGGCGCGGCUGCCGCUGCAGUGGGGCAUGCAGAGCUUCCUGCCGCAGCAAAUUGAGCUGCUGCAGCAGCAAGUGAGGGGCCGCGAAGUCAUUGGGGCUUUGUCGGGGGGUGUCGACUCCACAGUUGCUGCUGCGCUGCUGCACAGGGCCAUCGGCAACAGGUUCCACGGGUUCUUCAUCGACACCGGGCUCCUCAGGAAAAACGAAGCGGCGGAAACAAUGGAGUCGCUGCGCGCGUGUUUUCCCGACUUGUCGAUCGAGUGUAUCGACGCCAGCGAGAGGUUUUUUGCUGCUUUGAAAGGAGUUAAAGAUCCUGAACAGAAAAGAAAAAUAAUCGGAGCUUUGUUUAUCGAAGUUUUCGAAGAAUCAGUUCAAAAAAAGAAAAUCCCCACCAAGGGCACUUUGCUCCUGCAGGGGACUUUGUACCCGGACGUGAUAGAGUCUGUUUCUUUCAAAGGGCCUUCUCAAACAAUAAAGACUCACCACAACGUUGGAGGUCUUCCUGAGAAAAUGCAGUUGGAGGUUUUGGAGCCUUUGAGGGAUUUGUUCAAAGACGAAGUGCGGGAAAUGGGGCGGGCUUUGGGGCUGCCGGAAGAUCGGAUUCUGCGGCACCCUUUUCCGGGCCCUGGACUGGCAGUUCGCAUUUUGGGCGAAGUGACACGGGAGAGGGUUUUGCUGCUGCAGCAAGUCGACAGCAUUUUCAUCAAACACAUUCGACAGGCCGGACUCUACAACCAAAUCGCGCAGGCGUUUGCGGUGCUGCUGCCGGAGUGUUUGUCCGUGGGGGUGAUGGGGGACGGGCGGCGGUACGAGUGCUGCUGCGUGCUGCGGGCUGUUGCUUCGGAAGACUUCAUGACAGCAGAUUGGUUUAAACUGCCGCUGCUGCUGCUGGAUGCUGCCAGCAGCGAAAUCACCAACACUGUCCGCGGAAUCGGCAGAGUCCUCUACGACUGCACCUCCAAGCCCCCCGCCACCAUUGAGUGGGAGUGA